AUGAAUGACCGCUUAAAUAAGCGUUUCGGGGAAUUAUUGGCUUUUUGUGCGAGGAAGUUUGUUGGAAUUCUUUCAAAAAUCGGGGGAAAAAAAAAAAUUAAAACCCGGUCGGCGCUUUUAAAAAGAACCAUUGGAAGUUCAAACAAAUAGGAUGAAGGUUCGAAAUUUCUAUGCAAACUUUGGAACGCUAUUUCAAAUUAAUUUCUCAAAAAAGUAUGUUGAAGUUUCGGAAAAACUUCGUUUCGAGAGAAGGGAAUGGUGUUUUCACCUAGCCCAGGCAUGAUAAAUCUCCCGAAAAAGUUUCCCCAAGAACAAAAUCAUCGAAAGUCACUCUAAUGACUACGAUUUCUGAACCAAUUUUUUUGCAGAUUACUCGGUGAUAGCCCUCCUUCCCGUUCUACUUGUCCUUCUUCUAGUCGUUUCCGUCUUCUGCGCCUACCGCUACCGCCAAUGGCGACUCAACAAGAAGCAGUUGCAACAGCUCAACGACUUCUACGACAUCGUCGAAGCUUCUCCCUGUUUACAGGGCAAACCGAUCCGGAUACAGCACACCUGCGGCAACGCUGUGGGUUUUGAAGAGAUUUUUCCGCGUUUUAUUGAACGUUUCUUUGGUGCUAUAGCCAAUUCACGUCUAGCUUGAAACGCAAAAAGGCGCGGGGUAUCUGCGCUCUCCCUCUACCAGACACUCUCUUUUCUUAUCGUUUCAGGACCUUUUUCUGAUAGCUCAAGCCAGCCAAUAAUAAAAAAAAAGAAAACCAAACGUUUUGCGUGACCUGAAAUAACACUGGUAAUUACUUUUGAUGGGUCAUUUGAAAAAAAAAAGAAAUUUCAGUUAUUUUCCAUGAACACUUUCGAUUCUCGAACUGAAAUGUAGAAGAGAAUAUAACACAGAAACGAUUUACUGAGUCUGUCAUUUAAAAAUGGAUAAAUUUCAAAAAAAAAGGUCUUUGAAAUGAUAAGAGAAAUUGCAGAAGAAAUCGCUAUAGUUUUUUGGGUCUCAAACUAGCGAAAAUCAGCUGAAAGAAUUGAAGUUGAUCUGAUACUUCUGUUAUAUGUGUCUAAAAUCUUUCUAACUAUUAUAACUCUGAAUCGUUUUUUUCUUCAGUCAGUAACAUGCGAAAAAGUGUCCCGAGCGGUUUGUGUCCCUCCAGACGGCUCUCCCUUCUUCCAGCCCUCGACUUCGGCCAGGAAUCGGCCCCUUCGAGCUCCUGAGCAGUCGCAGAAGGCCUUGAAUGGUCAUGAAGUAAGCUGUCUACUCCCAGAACCUAAUCUUGAUGAAAAUCUAAGGUCAUCUACCAUUUCACUCAACUGCCAAACAAGAACAAAAAAACGACAGUCGUCCAUCGGGUGUAG